ACAUGACUCGUGUGCCUGCGGAGGAGCAGAAAGAUGGCGGCGGAGCGGGAGCCUCCCCCUUUCGGAGACGUGGAGGCAGAGGACUCGGAGUUCAGGGAGCUGGAUGAGGGCGAGGACCUGUUUGUCAGCACAGCCAGCACACUGGAGUCCAGUCCUUCAUCUCCUGAACCCGCCAGCCUUCCUGCCGAAGACAUAAGUGCAAAGUCUAAUGGGCCCAAAUCGCCUGAGAUUCUACUAGAUGAUGACCGAGAAGACCUUUUUGCUGAGGCCACUGAGGAGGUGUCACUAGAUAGCCCUGAAAGGGAAGCUAUACUUUCUCCAGAACCAAGUCCAGCGAUCACACCAGUAACCCCAACCCUUGUGACGCCACGAUCAGAAUUGAAAAUGAUAUCUACUCCAAUGUUUGAUCGAUCUAAGGAAGAGCUCGAGGAAGAAGCAAAUGGGGAUACAUUUGACAUUCAUGUCUCCGUUUCUGAUCCUGAGAAAGUUGGUGAUGGCAUGAAUGCUUACCUGGCUUACAGGGUAACAACAAAGACGUCUUCAUCCAUGUUCAGCAGCAGAGAAUUUACUGUCAAAAGGAGAUUUAGUGACUUUCUGGGUCUGCAUGACAAAUUGUCUACAAAGUAUAUGCAUAUAGGCUACAUAGUUCCUCCUGCUCCAGAAAAGAGUAUUGUAGGCAUGACCAAAGUUAAAGUUGGAAAAGAAGAUUCUUCUUCAACAGAAUUUGUUGAAAAAAGAAGGGCAGCCUUGGAGAGGUAUCUACAGCGAACUGUAAAACAUCCAACUCUGUUGCAAGAUCCCGAUUUGAGACAGUUUUUAGAAAGUAAUGAGCUGCCGCGUGCGGUUAAUACACAAGCCCUAAGUGGAGCAGGCAUAUUGAGAAUGGUGAACAAGGCCGCAGAUGCUGUCAACAAAAUGACAAUCAAGAUGAAUGAAUCAGAUGCAUGGUUUGAGGAAAAGCAGCAGCAGUUUGAAAAUCUGGACCAGCAGUUGAGAAAACUACACACUAGUGUUGAUCUCCUUGUCUGCCACAGGAAAGAACUUUCUGCCAACACAGCUGCCUUUGCUAAGAGUGCAGCCAUGCUGGGUAACUCUGAAGAUCACACUGCCCUGUCAAGAGCACUUUCACAACUAGCAGAAGUUGAAGAAAAGAUCGACCAGCUUCACCAGGACCAGGCUUAUGCUGACUUCUAUCUGUUUGCAGAGCUCCUGAGUGAUUAUGUUCGUCUCAUAUCUUCUGUUAAGGGAGUGUUUGACCAUCGAAUGAAAUGCUGGCAGAAAUGGCAGGAUGCUCAAGCCAAUCUGCAAAAAAAAAGGGAGGCGGAGGCCAAACUCCAGUUUGCAAAUAAACCUGACAAAAUGCAACAGGCUAAAGAAGAGAUUAGAGAAUGGGAAGCGAGAGUGCAGCAAGGAGAGCGUGACUUUGAACAGAUCUCAAAAACCAUUCGAAAGGAAAUAGGACGAUUUGAGAAAGAAAGAGUAAAAGACUUCAAAACUGUUAUAAUCAAGUACUUGGAAUCUUUAGUACAAACACAGCAACAGUUGAUUAAAUAUUGGGAGGCAUUCCUGCCUGAAGCCAAAGCAAUAGCAUGAAGCUGUAAUCUGAAUCAGACGACGUAAUGGUGAUCUGGAUCAGAUGAUGAAAUGUGGCCUGACUCUCUUGUUUACAACUGGAUUCUACAUGAAGAGUGCUGAAUACAAAAUUCCACCCAAUAACCACUAUAAUGUAAUGUAAUACUGUAUUGCAGCAGUGGUUAAUAGAUCCCCUUCAUCUUAUUGUAUUUUGUUAACCAGCUGCAUGGCAUGAUCCAGUCAGAAUGAACUGGACUGUGGAAUGAAAUUCUGCAGUAGUUGCUGAAUUGAACACUACUGUCUUAAAAUUUGCAGAGUGAAAUGUAUUGCCAGUGCUGGAAUUCAGAUUUUGCUGUGAAUGACACUUCUGUUUCAUCCUUGGAAGAUCUGUUACUGAAUUUUCACAUAAUUAAAUACAAAUUGUGGUCGUAUAAUUAGCAUUCCUGUACAGAAAUCAUGAAUUUUGUGAUAAUAAAGGGAUGUACUCACG